AUCCUGGGGCGGGGGGAGGGGGGAAUGAAUUUCACAAACUGCACAACAGAAGCCAACGUGGCUGUCAAACCCAAAACAGUCACCGAAAAGAUGCUUAUUACCCUGACCUUGGCCAUAAUCACAAUUUUGACUAUGCUGCUGAACUCUGCUGUAAUUACAGCGAUUGGCACCACCAAGAAACUACACCAGCCUGCAAAUUACUUAAUAUGUUCAUUAGCUGUGACAGAUCUGCUUGUUGCUCUUUUAGUCAUGCCCUUGAGUAUUACAUACAUAGUGAUGGAUACGUGGACACUGGGAUACUUCAUCUGUGAGAUAUGGCUUAGCGUUGACAUGACCUGUUGCACGUGUUCAAUUCUUCAUCUUUGCGUCAUUGCACUGGAUAGAUACUGGGCGAUCACAGAUGCUAUUGAAUAUGCCAGGAAAAGAACGGCAAAAAGGGCCGGGCUUAUGAUAGUCACUGUGUGGACUAUAUCCAUUUUCAUUUCGAUGCCACCUUUGUUUUGGAGAAAUCAUCACAGCGUCACAAUUCCCAGCGAGUGUCGCAUUCAACACGAUCACGUGAUCUACACUAUUUACUCCACUUUCGGGGCAUUUUAUAUCCCCUUGACGCUAAUACUGAUCCUCUAUUACAGAAUUUACCAUGCUGCAAAAAGCCUAUACCAAAAACGUGGGUCAAGCCGCCACCUAAGCAACAGGAGCACCGACAGCCAAAAUUCUUUUGCCAGUUGUAAGCUCACGCAGACGUUCUGUGUGUCAGACUUCUCGACAUCUGACCCAAUCACAGAAUUUGAUAAAAUACACGCGUCAGUGAGACUUCCUCCUAUUGAUAAUGACCUGGAGCUGGCUGGUGACCGUCAGCAGAUUUCCAGUACACGGGAACGAAAGGCUGCUCGCAUCCUGGGACUGAUCUUAGGGGCUUUCAUCUUGUCGUGGUUGCCAUUUUUCAUUAAGGAGCUUAUUGUGGGCCUGAGCAUUCUCAAGGUGUCUGCAGAAGUAGCUGACUUUUUGACAUGGCUUGGCUAUGUCAACUCCCUUAUCAACCCUCUGCUAUACACUAGUUUUAAUGAAGAUUUUAAGCUGGCCUUUAAAAAGCUUAUUCGGUGCUGGGAAAAUUCUUAAAAGCACCUAAAGGUAGAUAUG